AUGGGUCUACAUUAUUCGGUUCAUACUGUUAUUCUUUUUGUGAUUUUCGGAGGAAAUGUUCUUUUGAAACGAAACUUUGAUACAAGAGACAACGUGGACGGUCUCCACCGUUCUGCAGAAUGUGUGCAAGAGACCAUAGAACCCCUGAUGGUGGGAAAUCUUUGGCAGUUUUGGGAUCGAUUUCCGUAUGUAGUCAACAAAUGUUCUCCGUCUCUGAAGGAUGUCAAACUCGGAGAAUUCCCAAAUUCUGACGAAUUGAAGUAUCAUUUUCUUCCUCUUCGAAAACUUCCAAACUGCACAAUAAUAUCUCUUGGAAUAGGAAAAGAUGUCAAAGCAGAGAAGAAGAUGAAAAGUGUGAUGCGAGAUUGUAACUUUUUUGGCGCGGAUCCGGUUGAGGAGGAUAACAAUGAGCUAUUCUCCGAUUUCGGAAAAUUCUUCAACAUGGCCGUUGGGGAUCGAAAUGGAAGUUUCCGGUCGUACGUUCUGGAGGAGAUCUAUCGAUACCAAGAGGUGUUAACUAUAGACUUGGCUACUUUUAUUAGAAAUAAUGUCAAACAGCAAACUAUAGACCAACUAAUGGUAGAUAUUGAGCACGCAGAGUACCCAGUGUUCCCAUUUAUAGAGGAGCAAGGACAGUUGGAGGAGUGGGGGAUCAAUGUUUGUCAGAUCAAUAUCGAAAUUCACAGUCCGACUGAUGAGGAUCGUGAGACUUUCGCAAGCUUCAUCCGGAAGAAUUUUAUAACUCAUCAGUGGAUUUUUGUCAAUUCGGAAAUCCAUGAAUUCUUCAAGCAUAUCAGACUUUUCAUGGUGAACGGCAGGAAUCGAGAAUGUCUGAAGCGAUACUUCCUGACAGACAGCAAACCACGGUCAACGAGAAAAACGAGGGAGAUUCAUAUCGAGGAUCACCUAUUUCAGUGA